CUUGUUGUUCCUUGCCUUGCAGCCACCCAGCCACCCAACAUCGCAGCACACCAUCCCCCAACAGCUGCCUCUCUGUGAGCAGCGAGGUUUUCCUCAGUCUAUCCAGCUCGCUGGCUGGCUGCGGCCUUUUUGCUUUCUCUCUUCUCCACACCAUUGUGUCCUUUCGCCACCGUCUCACUCCUUUCACCACCUAAGUCACGGACCACCUCCACCACCAGUGGCUGCCCAUUUUGAUUUUCCCAACCAGCAGCAGAAAGCACAGCACCACCGCCACCACCAGUGCAUGUGUCCGCUGGACCGAAAUGGAACACGGGUCCCGCGAAGCAGGUCGGCCAAGGGCCAUGGCCGCCUCAGCUUCGCUGCGCAUUCACAGCAACGACGACAACCACGAGGACGCCGUCGUUGUGUCCGUUGAGCCCCAAGAAUCAACGCCACAGCCAGAGGCAACCACAGCGUCAUCCACGACCAUGAACAGCGGCGGCGGCAGCACCGCAACCAGCACUGGCCCAAGGUCUUGUUGUCAUGCCAGUAAUGGCCAACCGCCCCAAAUGGAAGGCAGCUCCAUCACCACUCCCGCCACCAACGACGCCGCCGCCUCCACUGCACCACACCGCUUACAAGGACUAGUGCAGUUGGACCGCAGCUUUGUGGAGCUGGAACACACCAGCUGUACAGACACCAAUCCAGUCAACACCCUCCUGCGUGCGUGCCGUGAAGGAAACCUGGCAGAGGUGGAGCAGCUGCUCAUCACGCACGGCUGCGGCCUGCUGCAGAGCGCCACCAACGAGCACACGUGCCCUUUGGCCGAGGCCGCACUCAGCGGCAAGCGCAUCGUGUGCGAGGUGGUCAUUGCCCAGGAUCGCGACCAGCUCGCAUGGACAAACGCCAGCAACGAGACGGUGCUCUUCAACGCCGCGCUGGGCGGCAGUGUGGACGUGUUCUCGCUCCUCGUCAGCGAAGGCAGCCUCAACUGCACCCACCGCAACACCCAGGGCACGUCCCCGAUUUUCUUCGCCGCCGCGCGCGGCAAGCUCGACAUUGUGCGCUGGAUCUGUCGCCACGCGCGCGGGGUGCUGCGCCACACCAACGACCAACGCGAAUCCUUUGCCAGCGUCGCCUGCAAGAAAGGCCGCAUGAACAUCGUGGAGUGGCUCGUCUCAAAGAAGGUGGACCUGUCCAACUUCCACAUUGCCAGCGAGUCGCCCUUCCUCGUCGCCUGCCGUGCCGGCCGCCACGACGUCGUCACCUUCCUUCUCGAGCGCAACGUGUCCCUGGAACCGCAUCGCUCUGCGUUUACGGACGAGGCCUCCAACGCGCUCGCCGCCUGCGCCAUGGGCGGGCACGACGACCUGGUUGCCCUCUUCCUGGAGAAGCACGUGUUCACCGUGCAGUCGUAUGUGGAGGCGCUCAACAAGGCCGUCACCAGCAACUUCCCUCACAUUGCCCUGCAGAUCUUCAACGCCAUUGACGCGGGCAAGAUCCACCAUCCGUUUGACUUUGCCGGGCACACCCUGGGCGUGCUCAUCCGACACGGCCACCCACGCCACGCGGCGCGGCUGCUGCAGCAGCACGACAAGCACGAGCGGUUUGCGCAGGGCUUGGUGCAGUUCCUCAUCCCCGCCGUGCGCUCCGGCCGCCUGGACAUGGUCAAGUGGGUGGUGAGCACAGACAUUGCGCGCAGGGAGACGGGUGCAGCCGCUGCGGUGCAGAUGAUGCGGCGCCUCUCCAUACGCGGGCGGCCCGCCAAGUACCAGAGCCCCUCCGCACGCGAGCUUGCCGCCGCGCUGGCGGGAUGCGAGCACAUGCCGGCCAUUGUGCACGAGGGCCUGAAGGAAGCCCGCUUCCACCUCGUCAAGUGGCUCACCAUCACGCUUCGCCUGCCUGCGUCCGCCUUCAUCUGGGAGCGCGGCACCGCUCUGCACAUGGCUGCUGCCGCCGGGCACACAGAGGCGGCGUUCUUCUUCGCCGAGCACAUGCACCUGCCGGCAGACAAGCCCGACGUGAACGGCAACCGGCCCCUGCACCUCGCUGCCCGCGCGGGCGCCACCGCCAUCGUCCGCCUCCUCCUCGUGAGCGGGGCAGACCUCGCCGCGCGAAACAAGGCCGACAGGCAGCCGCUGGGGAUGGCCCUGCUGCACGACCGCGACCUGACGGCGCACGUGUUGCGAGAGGCGCCUUCCCUCACCCCCGUGCACGUUGCCCUGGCAGGUCACAUGCAUGGCCUCUUGGCAGACAGGCUGCGGCGUGGCGUGCUCAAUCCAGAAACGGCUCUCAACGACCCGGCAUUUGGGGCCGCUAUGCCCACGUUUGUGCAGCUCGCGCGCAACAUGAUUCGUGCGCCGCCACUGGCCAUGUCGAAUGUCAACGACCGCUUGGAGGCGCUGCUGCGGAGUAACAACGACAACGACGAUGGUGGUGGUGGCGUUGAUGAUGGUGAUGGUGAAAGCGGCAGCAGUGGCAGUGAAGGGGAUGGUGACGGCGGCGAUUAUGUGCACGACAUUGACGCCGACGACGAUGAUGAUGGUGACGACGAUGGCAGUGCCGAUGCCCUGGCGAGCGAGACCAGCAGCGCCAUUGGAGGCGCCAGUGGUGGCGGCGGUGACGAGGCGAUUGUGCACCAUCACGUGACCUCACUCUUCGCUCAACCGAUACCCUCCAUCGCUUCCGCUUCAUCAUCUUCGUCAUCUUCAUCGUCGUCAUCGGCCCAUGCCCCAACACCCACGACAACACCCACAACAACACCAGCACUGACAGCAGCAUCAACAGCUAGUAGCCUCCCACAGCCAUCACAGCAGCAGCAGCAGCAGCAGCAGCAGCAGCAGCGAACACUGCGGCGGCGAAGGAAGAAAAAGAAAAGGGCAGUGCCAGGUCCGCUCGCAGACGGGACGAUGGUUCCAACAACUAUCACGCGAACGGAGCUGCUUCGUGGCGGCGGGGGCGGUUAUGAUGCGACCGUUCUGCCAGCACUGGACGCGCCCGUCUCUGUGACCCUUCUUGGCGCAUCGCAGGGCCCCCUGCCCCGCCGCGUGUGUGUUGAUGUGCUGCGAACCCUCAACAUGGCCAUCAACAUCUCACGGCCGUGGAACCCAAGCAACCACCGCCUGUUCCCAACAGCGUACAGGCACCUCGUGUUUAAGUUGCUGCUCUGCUUCAUGCACGAGCGUUUCAGCGAUGUGCCGCAGGAGCACGUGUUUGCCAUCAUCAAACACAUGACCCGCGCAGCCAUCCAGCAGUAGUAACACUUUUGGCUUGGUGUAUGUGUCUGUGUGUGCAUGUGUGUGGGCGGUCGGGGGGAGGGAGAGUGUGUUGAUAUGCGUGCGUCCUCACUCGCUCUCCGCGGCGUUGCAUUUGGGUUUCUGUAUCUGGGUGUUUCUGCUGUCGCUUGCAAUUGCGUGCACGUGGUUUUGCUUUGCACACUGUCCAAAAUAUGCCUGCGUUCCCUUCUUCUUGACAUUUGUUCACGUUGAGCGAGCUAUGGUCGUUUAUGGCCAUCCGUAAAUGGAGUCGAUGA